UGCGAGUUGCGAGUUGCGACAGGGAGUGUUGACGCCUGAGGCUGCAAGGCAUACAAAUCUUAUCGAUAAUCAGAUUGAACAACAGAAAUCUCAGGAAAAUCUUUCGGUGCAUGGAGAUCCUCCCAUGUCUCCCACCAAUUGAAACCAGUGUCCAAGCAAUUCCCAAGCCUAUAUUUACCAUGAAAUGAAAUGACAUGAGCGCACGGAAAUACAGUUCCAGUGCUAGAAUCAGAUAUUGACUCUCCCCGGCUUCGCUACCACUCCCCGCAGCCAACCAUGGCGCCCUCUGCCAACGGAAAGCAGAUGACGGUAACAGCACGCCCGAAACCAUCUUCGAAAUGGACCACGAACUUCGAUACUGUCAAGCGUGAGAAGCUCUUCCGCAGUCCACCAGAGAAGACCGCCUAUCCCAGCCUCGCGGAAGCCAUUGCUCCCCACGUCGAUUCCUUCAAUGCCGCGUUCGAGGAACACGGCCUCCUCGAGCACGCCGUCGCCGAUAUUGGCACCAAGGUGUUCGUCGACGGGCCCCUGGACCAGGUUCUACGCCGCAACCAUCUCCAUGUCCGCAUCGGCGAGGUCUUUCUGGAGAAGCCGCAACUCCCACCGACCAACAAGACGUCACCCCGCCGAGAAAUCCUCCCGUCCGAAUGUCGACAGCGGCACGCCACAUACAAAGGCAGAUUACGCGCACGAUUGCAGUAUAGGGUCAAUGACGGGGACUGGGAAGAGGUCACGCGCGACCUGGGCAGCUUGCCGAUCAUGCUGCGGACGAAGAAGUGCCAUUUGGAUGGGUUCGGUCCCGCUGAGCUCGUCCAGGCCAAGGAGGAGACGGAAGAGCUAGGAGGAUACUUCAUCGUCAACGGCAACGAAAGAAUGAUCCGAUUGCUGAUUCAGAAUCGGAGGAAUUAUCCGAUGGCGAUUACCCGGCCAUCGUUCAAGAAUCGAGGACUCUUGUAUACGGAUCACGGCAUCCAGAUUCGGUCCACGCGACCCGACCAAACCAGCGUCACGAACGUGCUGCAUUUCCUCAGCGAUGGUAACGUCAUGAUGCGAUUUUCAUGGCGAAAGAGCGAAUAUCUGGUGCCAGUGAUGAUGGUCAUGAAUGCCCUGGUGGAUACGAACGAUCGCGAGAUCUUCGAGGGGGUCGUUGGACCGGCCGGAUCAAAGGGGCUCGAGGACAAGCAAUUCGUACUGGAUCGAGCCGAAUUCUUGGUCCGAGCCUACAAAGCGUACGAACUGCAAGGAAAGCACCAAGCCCGAGCGUUUCUGGGGAGUCGGUUCAAGGUCAUCCUCCAGCUGCCGGAAGACGUCGACGAUGAUGCCGCCGGAAUAGAGUUCCUGAGAAGGAUCGUAUUACCGCAUCUCGGCAGUUUGAACGUGACGGAAUCACAGAACCGAGACAAAUUGCGGCUGCUGAUCUUCAUGGUCCGUAAGCUGUACGCGUUCGUUGGUGGAGAGUGCGCUGCCGAUGACCCCGAUCGAGCGACGAUGCAGGAAGUCCUCCUUCCCGGGUUUCUAUAUUCGAUGAUUUUGAAAGAGCGGCUCGAAGAAUGGCUCAACUCGCUCCGACCGCUGAUACGAGAAUGGGGCCAGUCGCACGGUUUCGCACCGUUCACCAGCGAAGAUUUUCGAAAGGACUUCCUCCCCAAGAUUGUUCGCAAAACGACCGAGAAUCUUGGCGGUCUCCUCGACUAUUUCCUUUCAACGGGGAAUCUAUCGAGCCCCAGCGGCCUGGACUUACAGCAAGCCUCGGGCUUCACGAUCGUGGCCGAGAAGAUCAACUUCUACCGCUUCAUCAGCCAUUUCCGAAUGGUGCAUCGUGGCAGCUUCUUCGCGGAAUUGAAGACCACAACGGUUCGAAAACUUUUGCCCGAGAGUUGGGGGUUCCUUUGCCCUAUCCAUACUCCCGACGGCUCGCCCUGUGGGCUACUCAAUCAUCUUGCCCAUAAAUGCAAGAUCGCAACCAAGAGCCUACCCGUGUCCAAUAUUCCCGGACUAAUUGCACAGUUUGGCCUGAAGAGUACCUCAUCCACGUCGUUGGAGGACAGCGUCGUUGUCCUCAUGGAUGGGAAGAUUCUUGGCUUCUGUUCUCCCCAACAAGCCAAGGCCGUCCACGACUCGCUACGACAUUGGAAGGUCACUGGAAUGCAUGAUAUCCCUCGGGAGCUCGAGAUCGGUUAUGUGCCGAAUACGACAGGAGGCCAGUAUCCGGGCGUCUACAUUUCGUCGCAACCGCAACGGAUGUAUCGACCGGUCAAGUACCUGCCUGUGAACGGCCUCGACUACAUCGGCACCUUCGAGCAGCCGUACAUGAACAUCGCCUGCACCGAACCGGAGAUUUCGGGCCAAUCGUCGCAUGUCGAGUAUGACCCAACCAACGUCCUCUCCAUCGUCGCGAACAUGACACCCUUUUCCGACUUCAACCAAUCUCCCCGUAACAUGUACCAGUGUCAGAUGGGCAAGCAGACCAUGGGAACGCCGAGCACGAGUCUCCGGUAUCGAGGAGAUAACAAGAUGUACCUCCUCCAGACGGGCCAAACGCCGAUUGUCCGUCCGCCGCUACAUAAUGAGUAUGGUUUCGACAACUUUCCCAAUGGCACGAAUGCGGUCGUGGCGGUGAUCUCCUACACCGGAUAUGACAUGGACGACGCCAUGAUUAUCAACAAGUCGGCACACGAGCGAGGGUUCGGAUAUGGGACGAUUUACAAGACUAAGAAGGUGGACCUGGCGGAGAACAAAGGGAAAGGCAACACGAAGCGGAUCGAUAAGGUGUUUGGAUUCGCUCCUGAGGGCGUGGUCUUGAACUCCUGGCGAACUACGCUUGACGAGGACGGCUUACCGAUGAUCGGCGCCCUCAUCCACGAAGGCGACGCUCUCUGCGCGACGUACACCGUGAGCCACGACCCCGAGACCAAUACCUAUCGCAGCCGAGACCACACGACGGAGGUCCACCGGUACAAGGAGAGCGAAUCCGGCUUCAUCGACGCGGUGAAAGUACUCCUCCCCGAAUCCGGCGAGGGCCCUCCGCAAGCGAUAUCCGUCACCAUCCGCAUCCCUCGCGCGCCCAUCAUCGGCGACAAAUUCUCCUCGCGCCACGGGCAGAAGGGCGUGUGCAGCCAGAAGUUCCCCGCCAUCGACCUCCCGUUCUCCGAAUCUGGGAUGCAGCCGGACGUGAUCAUCAACCCCCACGCCUUCCCGUCGCGCAUGACCAUCGGCAUGUUCGUGGAGUCUUUAGCCGGCAAGGCAGGCGCGCUGCACGGGUUCGCGCAGGAUAGUACCCCAUGGCGAUUCGACGAGCAGGACCGAGCCGUGGAGUACUUCGGUGACCAGCUCCGCGCCGCGGGCUACAACUACUACGGCAACGAACCGAUGUACAGUGGCAUCACGGGCGAGGAGCUCCACGCGGAUAUCUACGUCGGGCUGGUCUACUACCAGCGCCUGCGGCACAUGGUCAGCGACAAAUACCAGGUGCGCGCCACGGGAAUCAACGACCCAGUCACGGGCCAGCCGGUCCAAGGGCGGGCGCGCGGCGGCGGGAUCCGCGUGGGCGAGAUGGAGCGCGACUCACUCCUCGCACACGGGACGGCGUUCCUGCUGCAGGACCGGCUGCUGAACUGCUCCGACUAUACCAAGGCGUGGAUCUGCAAGGCGUGCGGGCACUUCCUGGGGGUCAGUCCGACGGUCGACGGAUGGGGGCAAGGAGGGGGGAAGGGGACGCAGAUUGUGCGGUGUCGGUACUGUGCGAAGAAGGUGGAGGGGCGGGUCGCGAAGGCGGAGGUGUGGGAGGAUGGGGAGGGGACGUUGAUGACGGGCGGGACGGACGUGAGGGUGUUGGCGGUGCCGGGGGUGUUGAAGUAUUUGGACGUGGAACUGAUGAGCAUGGGGGUGAAGAUGAAGUUCAAGGUGGGACCUUGAUGAUGAUCGCUUGGUUUCGUUGUCAAUACAGUCGUGUGGUAUAUCUUGUGGGGAAGCCGAGAAUCGAUAUCAUCAGGGACAGGGCGAGCAUCUGGCAUUGCGGGGUGUUAUGGAGGGGGGGUAUCAAUUAAGGGUUUCUAGAUACGUUAGGGUCGUGAUUUUGUGUCUAAUGAAAAGGUUCUGAGUAUGGAGCAUUUUGAUUUAAGGACUAUACAGCGUCGGGUAUAAGAAACGAUGGAGAGCGGUACGGCAUAGUGACUGAAAGAUGCACGAUCGGUAGACUGGGAGAGGAUGUGAUACACAAGUUGGUUGGCCAUCCAUUCGGUCGCGGCUCCUGUUCCUUGAAGAGUCGAAGGGGACUCUACUCCUGUCAGCUGUACCUAUAUAAGAAAGCCACAGCUUUGCUCCGUACCGAUCAUGAAU